AUGAAAACACUGUCGCUUUCACAGCCCAUCUCCAUUGCGCGCCAUUGCAGCACAUUACUGCAAAGAUGCAUGAAGCCGAAAGCGCUGAAACCCUGCAAGCAAAUCCACGCGUUCAUGCUCACCAGUCACAUACACAUGAACGUCUUCUCCCUGAGUUCGAAGCUAAUCGGCGCCUACGCGUGUUGCGGUGAUUUGGUUUCAUCCAAAUUACUCUUCCAAGAAACAAAAGACCCUAAUGUUUUCGCUUUCAAUUGGAUGAUUCAUGAAUCGACUCGAUCGGGGCUCCACGACGAAGCUUUUCGGUACUUCUCGCUGUCCCUGGAAUCAAGAAACAGCAACAGCUCGCCAAAUAAGCACACUUUCUCCACAAUCUUGAAAUGUUGUGUUUGUUUGCUGGAUGUGGACUUGGGGAAGCUUGUUCAUGGCUUGGUUUACAAAAUGGGUUUGUUAAAAGAUCUGCAUGUAUGCAAUGCUUUGAUUGGUAUGUACGCAAAGUGUUCGGAUGUGGGCAGCGCACGCCGACUGUUCGAUAUAAUGGCUGAAAGAGAUGUUGCAUCCUGGACAAUAAUGAUUUCUGGGUACGCUGAUGUUGGAAAAAUUGACGAGUCGGUUUUCCUGCUCGAAAGAAUGAGAUUGGAAGGAAAUGAUAAACCUAAUGAAUUCACAUGGAAUGCGAUUAUAGCGGGCCUCGCGAAGAACGGAGAGUGUGAUGGUGCUUUUAGAUAUUUUUCUCUAAUGGGUGAGGAAGGAUUAGUCCCCGAUACGGCUACCUGGAAUGCAAUUAUUUCAGGUUUCGUUCAAAGCCAAAGGGCCUUUGAGGCUCUAACAUUUUUUCGAGAGAUGUUGAUUUCUGGUAUCAAGCCCAAUCAAGUGACUCUAUCUGUCGUGCUCCCUGCAUGUGGGAUGAUUGCUUCUGCUCGUGUGGGGAAAGAAAUUCACGGGUUGUUAUACAGGAUGGAGCUCGACAUGAACGUCUUUGUUGCUAGUGCUCUUAUUGAUAUGUAUUCGAAAUGUGGUAGUAUCAAAGGGGCGCAGUGUAUUUUUAACUCCAUCAGUGAAAAAAGUACCGCAUUGUGGAAUGUUAUGAUUGGGUGUUAUGGGAAACAUGGGCUGGUAGGUUCUGCCAUCAAGCUUUUCGAAAACAUGUUGAGCAACAAAGUGCAACCGAACGAAGUCACUUUCACCUCUGUUCUCUCAGCUUGUGGCCACGGUGGGUUAGUCGAGAAGGGUUUGGAAAUAUUCAAAUCCAUGGACUCGUGUUGUGUGAGAGCAAAUAGCGAGCAUUACUCAUGUUUAGUCGACCUUUUGUGCCGUUAUGGGAGGAUGGAUGAGGCUUAUCGGGUUAUUAGUCAUAUUGGGGAGGAAAUCACGAAUUCGACUAUUGGUGCCUUUCUAAGUGGUUGCAAGGUUCACGGAAGGAGGGAUCUUGCCGAGAAGAUUUGCGAUCAACGUGUGGGGAUGGACGUGAAGAGGCCAGAAAGUUUCGUGACGCUUGCGAAUAUAUACGCUGCCGAGGGUGAGUGGGGAGCUGUAGAGGAUGUGAGGAAGGUGAUGAAGGAUAAAAAGGUCGCUAAGAAGCCUGGGUCUAGUUCAGUUUAG